AUUUACGUGUAACAUUUGUGUGUUCGUGUUCAGAGUUUCAAGUUAACAACAAAUGCUUAUCCAUUGACUUUGUUAGAGUAAAGUCAAAAUCGGUUAAACCGGUUUUGCGCUGAACUAUCGGAAGGAAGCUAACGACUACGAUGCAGAUAUGCGUUUCACAAAUCACAUCCGUCGUACAGUCUCUUCUGUAGCCGAAUCCUACACUUCUCCUGCUUCUCUCAGUUCCGGAAUCAGAGCCUUGGUUCACAAAGCAGAGUAUCUACAAGCUCUGCAUCUAUACACUAACCAUGACAACUCCUCUCCACUGUACACUUCCGUCUUCACAUACCCUUCUCUCCUCAAAGCUUGCUCUGCUCUUCAAAACCUCGGAUACGGCAAAACCCUCCACGCUUCGAUCAUCGUGUUGGGUUUGCGGCACGAUCCUUUCGUCGCAACUUCGCUCGUCAAUUUGUACGUAAAGUGUGGAUCUUUGGGUUACGCCGUCCAGGUGUUCGACGGUUUGUCUCAGUGCGGAGAUGUCACGGUUUGGAACUCUUUGAUUGAUGGGUACUUUAGAUUUCGUAGAUUUAAGGAUGGGUUUGAUCUGUUUCGUCGGAUGGUGGUGUUGGGUGUGAGACCUGAUGGUUUCUCUUUGUCCAUUGGUGUGAGUGUUUUGUGUAAAGGAGGAGACUUUGGGAAGGGGGAAGGGAAACAGGUUCAUGGGUAUAUGUUGAGGAACUCGUUAGGUGAGGACUCCUUCUUGAAAACUGCUUUGAUUGAUAUGUAUUUCAAGUUUGGGUUAGGGGUAUACGCGUGGCGUUUGUUUCUGGAGGUUGAGGAUAAGUCGAAUGUUGUACUGUGGAAUGUGAUGAUUGUUGGGUUUGGUGAUAGUGGGGUCUGUGAAUCCAGCUUGGAGUUGUAUGUGCUUGCUAAGAGUAACGGUGUCAAGCUUGUUUCCACUUCUUUCACCGGGGUUCUUGGUGCAUGUGGUAGAAGUGAGAAUUUUUGUUUCGGGAGACAGGUACACUGCGACGUGGUGAAGAUGGGACUUGACAAUGACCCUUAUGUUUGUACUUCUUUAUUGUUAAUGUAUUCAAAGUGCGGUAUGGUUGGUGAGGCAGAGACUGUGUUCAGUUGCGUUUUGGAUAGAAGACUUGAAGUAUGGAACGCGAUGGUUGCAGCUUAUGCAGAGAAUGGUUAUGGGCACUGUGCUUUGGAGUUGUUCAGUUUGAUGAGAGAGGAUCGUGUCUUGCCUGAUUCUUUUACCUUGUCAAAUGUUAUCGCCUGUUGCAGCAUGUUAGGGUUGUAUGACUAUGGAAAAUCAGUCCACGCGGAGUUGUUUAAGAGACCAAUACAAAGCACACCUGCAAUAGAGAGUGCUUUAGUCACUCUGUACUCUAAAUCCGGAUGUGAUACUGAUGCUUAUUUAGUCUUCAAAUUAAUGGAAGAGAGAGAUGUGAUUGCGUGGGGCUCCCUGAUCUCAGGACUUUGCAAGAAUGGGAAAUUCCAAGAGGCUCUGGAAGUUUUUGGGUCCAUGAAAGAUGAUGAUGAUAGGUUGAAACCAGAUUCUGAUAUUAUGACAAGUGUUAUAAACGCAUGCGCCGGAUCAGAGGCUCUCAGUCUUGGCCUUCAAGUUCAUGGUGGAAUGAUUAAAACUGGUCUAGUGCUGAAUGUUUUUGUUGGCAGCUCCCUUAUAGAUCUGUAUUCCAAGUGUAGCUUACCAGAAACGGCUCUCAAAGUUUUCACAAGCAUGAGAACGGACAACAUUGUUGCCUGGAACUCCAUGAUAUCUUGCUACAGCCGAAACAGCCUUCCUGAACUAUCCAUAGAACUUUUCAGUCUAAUGCUCAAUAACGGUGUCUUCCCUGAUUCAGUAUCCGUCACAAGUGUCCUUGUUGCAAUCUCAUCAACUGCAAGCUUGCUUAAAGGGAAGAGUCUACACGGUUAUACAUUAAGACUCGACAUUCCUUCAGAUACUCACCUGAAAAACGCUUUGAUUGAUAUGUAUGUAAAGUGCGGGUUGUCCAAGUAUGCAGAGAAUAUCUUCAGGAAAAUGGAGCAUAAAAGCCUGAUCACUUGGAACCUAAUGAUAUAUGGUUAUGGAUCCCAUGGAGAUUGUCAUAGAGCAUUGAGUCUGUUCGAUGAGAUGAAGAAGGCAGGAGAGUCGCCAGAUGAUGUGACGUUCCUGUCUCUGAUUUCAGCUUGCAGUCAUUCCGGUUUUGUGCAGGAGGGUAAAAACAUUUUUGAGAUCAUGAAACAAGACUAUGGAAUCGAACCAAAAAUGGAGCAUUAUGCAAAUAUGGUGGAUCUUCUUGGACGUGCAGGUCACCUAGAAGAAGCUUACAGUUUCAUAAAAGCAAUGCCUAUUGAGCCAGACAGUAGUACAUGGCUCUGCCUCUUAUCUGCGUCAAGAACCCAUCACAAUGUAGAGCUUGGGAUAUUGUCUGCUGAGAAGUUGUUGAGGAUGGAACCGGAAAGAGGUGGUAACUAUGUUCAGUUGAUUAAUCUUUACAUGGAAGCAGGACUGAAGAACGAAGCUGCAAAGUUGUUGAGAGAGAUGAAGGAGAAAGGCUUGCAAAAAAAUCCAGGUUGUAGCUGGAUUGAAGUGAGCAAUCUCACUCACGUUUUCUUUUCAGGAGGUUCGUCUUCUCUAAUGGCGUCUGGGAUCUUCAGUGUAUUGAAUAGCUUAAAGAGUAACAUGACAGAUGAAGAUGAGUUGACUUGAACAAAGAUAAUGUAAUUCCGAGAAUGGUGUCUUUACAUCAUUCCUACUUCUCAGAAACACACAAAACACUCUGGCAGCGUAGAGUAAAAAUAGAGACAUUCUUUGGGGAUUAAAUGAAUGAUAUCACAAAUAGAUUGUUGGUUGCUUCAUGCUCGAGUCUUCUGGAGAUGCUCUCAAAAAAAUGUACAUUGUAUCUUCUUCCUCUAGUGUUCAUCACAUUCCAGAUGAGGUUCGGUUAAUGCGCUGGGCACCAAGUUUAGGAGCUGCAGGUUUGGCUGCUCGGCCACGACCAGAAGACAAAGGUUUUGCCCUGGUGGUUGGUGGUGGAGCAGCAAUGGCAGCCCAAGGGUCUUCAUCAUCAGACUGUACUGUCUUCUUCAAGUUCAACGGUCUUGAAGUAGUUGCAGGUGGAGGAGCAGCUAUGGAUCCCCACAUGUCAUCGUCUUCCAAUUUCGCAGCUGCUUUUGCCGUGCUAAUCUUUGGUCUUGAGCUUGUAGCUACAAAAAGCAAUAAAUUUAACGCAGCCAUAUUGAGUUUUAAGAGACUAACAAAACUAUGUUGGGGGAACAGAUUCAGACUAAAGAUUGGUACCUGGAGGUCUAGAAGGCUGAGACACAGGUCGUUUUUGAGCUGCUUGAAUGUUUGAGAGAGCUGGAGCAGGUUUUGGUUCAUCAAUCGGAUCAAGAUCCCAACCGUCUUUGUCGCUCUCAUGACCUUCGUUAAUGUCAUUUUCAAUAUCUCCCCAACCAUCUGUUGAUGUUGGAGAUGGUGGUGCUGGUUGAUCUGUGAAGUCCGAGUUGGAACGUGCAUGAUGACUGGCUUUGACACUCGGAGCCUCCGUUGCUGAAGAAGAUUUACAAGAAAUAAACAAAAUAGGAAAAGAAAAAAUUGCACAUAAAUUUACUUCCAUGGUUAAGAGAAAAAGUAUGGCAAGUGAUCUCAAGUGUACCUGUGGUUGUAGCAUUUGAGGCUGCAGAAGCUAGGGAUGGUGCCGAAGAAGAAGAAGCAAGAGACGGUUGAUCUACUGGCUUACCCUUGAGAGUCAAAGAACUCAUAGCCCAACUAGAGGAAUAAGUAGAUAGUCCAGUUAGUGUACCAAUGACCAAUGCUCACAUAUGUAAUUCAUCUAUUUAAUCUGAUUUGACUAUACUCACC